AUGUCUGGUACUUCGACAGUGCAAGUGAUUAAUCCAUCACUACCGCACGACGAUUAUGGACCGCAGGUUAAUGCCUGCAUUUGGGCCCUCAGCGGCAUGGCUGGUGCAUGGCUAGUGCUUCGAAUAUACUGCAAAUUUAUUCGACACAGAAGAUUAUGGUGGGACGACUAUAUUCUUGUCGCAUCAUGGCUCAUGUUGUUGGGUGGUAAUAUAUCCAUUACCCUCGCCAUCCAAGACGGCUUCGGCAAACACUCUUGGGACAUACCCUUCAAGAACUACCCUUCGAUGCUCUUUGUGUCGGCGUUUGCGGGCACCUUUAUGAUCAUUGGGGCCGCAUGGAGCAAGACGGCCUUUGCCGUGACCCUCUUGCGCAUCUCCACGGGCUGGCAAAAGAGCUUCAUAUGGUUCAUCAUUGUAUCGGUCAAUGCCGUGCUCGGGGCCAGCGCCGUCAUGACGUGGGCUCGGUGUUGGCCCGUCGAAAAGCUGUGGAUGAUGAGCGUGGCUGGCGAAUGCUGGUCUUACAAGUUCAAUGUCCGCUACAACAUUUUCACUGCUGGAUACUCUGGUCUCAUGGACAUUACCUUGGCUAUAAUCCCGUGGCACAUUCUCUGGGGUCUUAGCAUAGACCGGAAAGAAAAGUUUAGCGCCCUUGGGGCAAUGAGUAUGGGCAUCUUUGCUGGCAUUACUUCAUUCGUCAAGAUUUACGCUAUCCAAGAUAGUGGCAAUGCAGAUAUUGCCGAUACCGUGCAACUCGUAGUCCUCGCUACGGCAGAAAUCGCCGUAACCAUCAUCGCAGCCUCGAUCCCGAUCCUGCGCGCGCUAGCCCGCGACAAAGUGCCACGCGCCGGUCCAUUCUUGGCGCUUGAUGAAACGGAGCAUUGGACGCGGCAACAAAUCACCACCAACGGGACCACCACUACGGCGCAAAAUAGUCCACCACCUCUCCCAAACACGCCCAGGAUCGAGGAUAUUGAACUGCGGCCUAUUUCGAGAAAAAAGUCCUUUUCCGACAAGCUCAAGGUGGGACAUCUCUCCCGCAUCCAAGAGUUUGACGAGGCGGCAGUUGUCCAGCGGAGUCCGAGGCGGAGUGGUUGGACUCCAGUCUGA